CUGUGUCAGCUACAAAGACUCAUCUUCUCCACCAGAAAUGAAGCAGAAUUUCCCUGCUUUUUGUCCUCCUCUAGUCAUGGCAGAUUCCUGAUUUUCUCUUCACCAAAAAAACAAGCCACAACUUUUCAUCUUACUCCCCCACUUCAACAUCAAGAAGAAAAGAAACAAUACAAUUUGGGGGCAAAAAAAAGAAGAAAAAGGACAGACGACCAAGCUUUGUGUAUUUCAAAUGUCAAAAAUCUCAGGGGAUGAUGGCAGUUUCUCCUCAGGAGAAGAAGUCCAACAACUUCUUCAAAAGAAACAAAAGCUUCAGAAUCACCCCCAUAGCUCCUCCGGCACCGGUGCCGCGGGACCUUCUACUGCCUCUAAAAGCAAUGAUUCAUCCUCCCAACAGCCGCAGCAGCCACCAGUUAAGAAGAAAAGAAAUCUCCCAGGAACUCCAGAUCCAAAUGCUGAAGUUGUAGCUCUAUCUCCAACAACCUUAAUGGCAACGAACAGGUUCGUGUGUGAGAUAUGCAACAAGGGAUUCCAGAGGGACCAGAAUUUGCAGUUGCAUCGAAGAGGUCAUAAUCUUCCAUGGAAGCUGAGACAAAGAACCACCACGGAGGUUAAAAAGCGAGUCUACAUAUGUCCUGAACCUUCUUGUGUCCACCACAACCCAGCUCGUGCCCUGGGAGACCUUACAGGAAUCAAGAAGCAUUUUAGCCGGAAACAUGGCGAAAAGAAAUGGAAAUGUGACAAGUGCUCCAAGAAAUAUGCAGUUCAGUCUGAUCGGAAAGCUCAUCAAAAAACUUGUGGCACUAGGGAAUAUAAAUGUGAUUGUGGAACAAUCUUUUCCAGGAGAGACAGCUUCAUCACCCACAGAGCUUUCUGUGAUGCAUUAGCUGAAGAAAAAACCAAGGUAAAUCAAGGAUUAAUGGAUAACAACAUGGGAUCCGAACUCAUGAACAAUCCCACAAACAAUACUUCCAUCGGAGGAAUUUCCGACUUCAACAGUUUAAACCCUCUCAAAUCCCUCCAGCAGGAGCUAGUUCCAAUUCCGUUUAAGUCCAUGAGCGUUGGUGGAGGAGCAGGAGGCAUGUUUUCCAGCAGCUCCGGUGCUCUGUUUGGCAGUCCGCGAAACAUGUCCCCGUCGUCCGCCGCCAGCCUCCAGCUCAGUCCCAACACCUCACCUGGAUUUAAUUACCUUCAGGACAGCAAAAAUGGAUUGCAGAUUUCGGGGUCGGCGCACGUGUCUGCGACUGCCCUGUUGCAGAAAGCAACCCAGAUGGGUGCAACGGUGAGUAACAGCAUAAAUUCGCCCGUGAUGCAGAAAGGCUUCGGCAGUCCCAUGGCGGGUCACGACUCCAUUAGAUCACUGUGUUUUGGCGCAAUUCAGCCGCAGGGUAAUCCAUUCGACCACUUCACAUCACCGGCUGAUCAAUCAAACAUGGUGGGGAUUGGCGACGGAGGAUUCUCCAAUCCGAUCAUGGAAAAGGGUCCACAAGAAAUGCCCCAUGGGUCCCAUCUCUUUCAAGCUGCAACAGGAGGUUCGUCCAUCAAUGAUAUGGGUAUGAUUACGAGCAUGUUCAUCACGAGCCGGGACCAAACCACAAUGGAAAGGGACUUAACAGGGCAGAGUAACAUGGCUAAUUUGCAUGACUUCAUGGGGAUUGGAGGGCAAAGGGGGGCACAUUUGCAUGAGCAACAGCAGCAACAGAGAUUGGAACUUGAAGUAAUGAGCCAGCAGCAGAGGUUUAUGAACCAUUUCCAGCACCAGCUCUCACAUGGGGAUUCAGCAAUCGAAAAGCCCCUUUGGGAUGUUUGACACUUUGAGAUGGGGAGAUGGUGCUGUCCCCAAUCCAUUGGAAAAUUCUUGCCAUUUGUGGCAUGAAUUGUUGCAAAUGGGGUUCUUGGGGUCUAGGGUCUAGACCCACUUGGAAACAGGGUCCUGAAUUCUUGAAUUUGGGGCUGACCCUCAUCUUGCAUGAACCAGUGGGAACUUCAUCCGAUUGUUGAAUACAUAAAGAAGUAGAGGAUGUGAACUAGAUACUAUUUCUUCAUCAAAGGAAAUAUGAUACUAUGUCUUUAUUGCUCUAUUAUAGUUUUAU